CCCGAAACCCCGCCCUUUUGCGUGCCAGCGACUCUUGACCAAGAGUCCUGGUCCAGCAGCUGACUCCUGCUGCCUGCACUUAGUCCAGGCUUCUUCUCUGCGCAGCCGGGAACCUACCCGGUGCUGCGCACCCGGCCCGACACGGCGCAGCCGAACCGGCCCCCCAAAGAGGCGGGGGUAGCGGAGGCGUGCAGGGCGGGGUAGGCGUGGCUGGACCCGCCGGGCCCGCGCGCUGGGACUGCUUGACCGCCUCCUCCCCUGCUGGCGGCGCGGAGCCGCGGGCCCAGAACAUGUCACCCGAAGAAUGGACAUAUCUAGUGGUUCUUCUUAUCUCCAUCCCCAUCGGCUUCCUCUUUAAGAAAGCUGGACCCGGGCUGAAGAGAUGGGGGGCAGCAGCUGUGGGCCUGGGGCUCACCUUGUUCACCUGUGGCCCCCACACUCUGCAUUCUCUGAUCACCAUCCUGGGGACCUGGGCACUCAUUCAGGCGCAGCCCUGCUCCUGCCACGCCCUGGCCCUGGCCUGGACCUUCUCCUAUCUGCUGUUCUUCCGCGCCCUCAGCCUGCUGGGCCUGCCCACCCCCACGCCUUUCACCAAUGCCGUGCAGCUGCUGCUGACACUGAAGCUGGUGAGUCUGGCCAGUGAAGUCCAGGACCUACACAUGGCCCAGAGGAAGGAAAUGGCCUCGGGCUUCGUCAAGGGGCCCAGCCUGGGGCUGCUGCCCGAAGUCCCCUCACUGAUGGAGACCCUCAGCUACAGCUACUGCUACGUGGGGAUCAUGACCGGCCCGUUCUUCCGCUACCGCACGUACCUGGACUGGUUGGAGCAGCCCUUCCCAGGGGCCGUGCCCAGCCUGCGGCCCCUGCUGCGCCGAGCCUGGCCGGCGCCGCUCUUCGGCCUGCUCUUCCUGCUGUCCUCCCACCUCUUCCCGCUGGAGGCUGUGCGCGAGGACGCCUUCUACGCCCGCCCGCUGCCCGCCCGCCUCUUCUACAUGAUCCCGGUCUUCUUCGCCUUCCGCAUGCGCUUCUACGUGGCCUGGAUUGCGGCCGAGUGCGGCUGCAUUGCCGCCGGCUUCGGGGCCUACCCCGUGGCCGCCAAAGCCCGGGCCGGGGGCGGCCCCACCCUCCAAUGCCCACCCCCUAGCAGUCCGGAGAAGGCGGCUUCCCUGGAGUACGACUAUGAGACCGUCCGCAACAUCGAUUGCUACGGCACAGACUUCUGCGUGCGCGUGCGGGAUGGCAUGCGGUACUGGAACAUGACGGUGCAGUGGUGGCUGGCACAGUACAUCUACAAGAGCGCGCCUACCCGCUCCUACGUCCUCAGGAGCGCGUGGACCAUGCUACUGAGCGCCUACUGGCACGGCCUGCACCCUGGCUACUACCUGAGCUUCCUGACCAUCCCGCUGUGCCUGGCAGCUGAGGGCUGCUUGGAGUCGGCCCUGCGGGGGCGGCUCAGUCCCGGGGGCCAGAAGGCCUGGGACUGGGUGCACUGGUUCCUGAAGAUGCGGGCCUACGACUACAUGUGCAUGGGCUUCGUGCUGCUCUCGCUGGGCGACACCCUCCGGUACUGGGCCUCCAUCUACUUCUGCAUCCACAUCCUGGCCCUGGGGGCCCUGGGACUGGGCCUGGUUUUGGGGGGGGGCAGCCCCAGCCGGCGGAAGGCGGCCACCCCCACCCCCAGCCUCUCCUCGGGAAAGCUUCGGGAGGAGUAGCUGUCACAACGCGCCCUCUGCCAGUGGGUGCAGCCUCCAAGCUCCUGCCUGGAAAUUCUGUGAACUCCACGGCCGCCUCCUUUCCUGGAAAGGGCCCUUCAUUUGCAUCAGGGUCUGGCGAGGAGUCCCGCUUCCCCGGCUCCGGACUCUGCCUGUGCUGUGCCAAAGCCAGGCUGGGGGCUCGCCUGCUUCCUCAGCCUCCGCCCUGAGACCCCCAGGAGGUCCGUUUUCCCCGUAAAGUCAAGAAAACAUCCAGACAAGAAUCUCUCUUCGUUCCUGCCCAGCUCCGGGUAUCCAGAGAGCAGCACUUGCCCCCAGCGUGGUUUCUUGGGCAAAUCACUUUUCUUUGGCUCCACCGGGUGAGGGUAGGGCGUUCAGGACAGGUUCGGGCUUGGGGGUGGGGGCCUUUCUGGUGGCUCUGGCUCUGCUUUUGGCUCAUUCAAGGAAACGAAAGAGAAAGUCAGGCUCAGACAUGCUCCAUCCGAGCCACCUCAGGGUCCCAGCGCUCCUGUCACCCUCUUGUCAUCCUUUGGCCUUGGACAGGCGCAGAAUGUGUAAAUCUCUCCCAAUAAAAGUGUGGCACAAAGA